AAUCCAUUAACCAACCGACAGAACCCAGAAGUCAAAAAGAUCUGAGACCAAAUACUAGCUAUGCUGUUCCUCGAACUCCUAGCCACUUUUUUCCUUCUCCUCCUUCCCUUACUUUCCAUCCUCUUCCUUACCAGAGCUUCAACACCCAAAAAGCAAUCAUCUCCACCACCCUCCGCCACCGUCAGCCCCCCAAGAUCCUACCCUAUAAUCGGUUCGUUUCUGGCCGUACUUGCUAACCAAGACCGACGUCUCCAAUGGCUUUCAGACAUCCUCCAAGUCUCACCCUCGGCCACCUACGUCCUCCAUCGCAGCGUCGGCACGCGCCAGGUAUUAACUGCCAACCCAGCCGUCGUCCAGCACAUCCUCAAGACCAACUUCCACAACUACGGCAAGGGAGACUUAUUCAACGGAACCCUCAAAGACUUCCUCGGCCACGGGAUCUUCAACGUGGACGGCGAAUCCUGGAAAUUCCAAAGACAAGUCGCUAGCCACGAAUUCAACACCAAGUCUCUCCGCAAAUUCGUCGAGACCGUCGUGGACACCGAGAUCUCCGACCGCCUCAUCCCCAUCCUCUCGUCAGCUGCCGCAACCGGAACUGUCCUAGACUUCCAGGACAUUCUUCAAAGGUUUGCCUUCGAUAAUAUAUGCAAAAUCGCUUUCGGAUUCGACCCCGCCAACCUGUUGCCUUCUCUUCCACAAACCAAGUUCGCUCAAGCUUUUGAUGAAAGCGUCACGAUCAGCAGCGAGAGGUUCAGGGCGUUAAUCCCACUCGUUUGGAAAAUCAAGAAGCUUUUGAAUAUUGGGUCCGAGAAGCGUCUGAGAAUCGCAGUCUCAGAAGUUCAAGAAUUUUCCAGGAAAAUAAUAAGAGAAAAGAAGCACGAGCUCAGACAGAAGGCCUCGCUCGAUUCCGUCGACCUUUUGUCACGGUUCUUGAGCUCCGGCCACUCGGAUGAGAAAUUCGUGACCGACAUAGUAUUAAGCUUUAUACUUGCUGGGCGUGACACUACCUCCUCGGCAUUGACAUGGUAUCUGUGGCUACUCUCCAAGAAUCCGCAUGUCGAAUCCGAGGUUCUCAAGGAAAUCAAAGAGAAAUCCGAAGCGCCUGUCUUUGACGAAGUCAAAGACAUGAUGUACACUCACGCUUCUCUGUGUGAAAGCAUGAGGUUGUACCCGCCUGUCGCGGCGGACUCGAAGGAGGCCGUGAACGAUGACGUUCUGCCAGACGGGACGGUGGUGAAGAAGGGGAUGAGAGUGACGUACAUACCGUACGCGAUGGGGAGAUUGGAGACGCUGUGGGGUUCUGACUGGGCGGAGUUCAAGCCCGAGCGGUGGCUGGAGAAGGACGAGGCGGAUAAUAGUCACUGGAGGUUCGUGGGGAGGGACGCGUACACGUAUCCGGUGUUCCAGGCGGGGCCGAGGAUUUGCUUGGGGAAGGAGAUGGCGUUCUUGCAGAUGAAGAGGGUGCUCGCGGGGGUUCUCAGGCGGUUCAAGGUGGUGCCGGCGUUGGAGGAAGGUGUGGAGCCGGAGUUUGUUCCGCAAAUCACUUCCAAAAUGAAAGGUGGGUUGCCGGUGAGGAUUGUGGAGAGGGAUGAGAAAAAAUGAUUAAUGGUAGGUGUCUAGCUCGUAUUUAUCUUUUAAUUAUACUAGUACUAGGUUUGACCUUUGGAUUUGGAUUGUGUAUUGCAUUUUAUGUGAACUUUUCGUAACUUAUAGUAACUAUAUCAAUAAAACCAUUAAUUAUUCCAAAAAAAAAUUACAAGUAUUAAUUUUGAACUUAUUUUUAUGAUCAAGUUAAUUAGAUGUUCCGGCCUGUUAGAGAAAAUAUUGGUUCCUUAGGUAUCUGGCUCAACUGAACCAUUUGAGCUCCGUUGGUCCUUCCAAACGGACCAACCAACCCGAACACAUUGCACCAUUCGAGAUUGCGGAUAUCUCGAAAC